CCUGGGACAGUUUGCGAAACGAACCUCGGGAGGGCGGCGCGACGCAUGUGGAAAUCCACUCGGGACAAGCAUGCUGCCACCUCGUCGAGCACGAGUGCCAGCGUGUCAAGCUCGUCGUCUUCCGCUGCGACGAGUGGCACGAAUGUGUCGGCAAGUGCUGCGAUCGCCCGUCGCGGCAGCAAUCCACGAGUGACCCCGUCCAAAAUCCCUGGAAAACCAGCUAGCAAACUCAAAGCCCCGACGACGCAAGCUAUUGCCGAGAUUGAACAAAAGCGCGAAGAUCGCAGAAAAGCCAUGGCGCAAGUGAAAAAAGAGCGCGACCACGAAAACAUGCUGAACGAGCAGAACGGAAACCCCGGCGAUGUGGACUUUCAACGCAUGAUCAAGCAAUUCCGCGACCAGGACCACCAAGAGCAACCGUAUGCGACCAAGGCCAACGUGCAGAUCACGAUUUGCGUGCGCAAGCGACCCGUCAACAAGCGCGAAGUCAAGGGCAAGGACUACGACUGCGUCACGUGCUGGCAUCCCAAGGUGAUCAUCCACGACUGCAAACUCAAGGUGGACGGGAUCACCAAGUACCUGGACAGCAACGCAUUCGAGUUCGACCACAGCUUUGACGAGUUCACGUCCAAUGAAACGGUGUACAAGUACACGGCGCAGCCUCUCAUUCAGUUUGUCUUCAAUGAAUGUGGCCGCGCAACUGUGUUUGCAUAUGGCCAAACGGGAAGUGGAAAGACGCACACGAUGGAAGGCAUCCAGCGGCAGGUGGCGACGGACAUUUUCGCUGAAAUUGCCAAGUUUCAAUCCCACGACCGUCCGUUGGAAGUAUGGCUGAGUUUCUUUGAAAUCUAUGGCGGCCAGUGCCAAGACCUGCUGCGGCAGAAGAGGCUGACGAUCCGCGAAGACGGGAACGGCGAAGUUCAAAUCGUCGACUUGGACGAAGUGAUCGUCACGGACGAAGCGGAGCUGCUGCAGAUCAUGCAACGAGGCAAUGCGUUGCGCACGACGCACGCGACCGAGAUGAAUGACCAGUCGUCGCGGUCCCACAGUAUCUGCCAGCUAAACAUUCGUGAAAAGGCAAGUUUAAAGCUCCACGGCAAACUGUCCCUGAUUGACUUGGCUGGAAGUGAACGGGGGGCCGACACGAAGAGCCACAACCGCCAGCGCCGCAUGGAGUCGUCCGAGAUCAACAAGAGUCUGUUGGCGUUGAAGGAAUGCUUUCGAGCGCUCGACAGUGGAGGACGCGGCGCGCAUAUUCCCUUCCGAGCGAGCAAGUUGACGCAAGUGUUGAAGGAUUCGUUUGUGAAUACCAAAGCCAGAACGGUGAUGAUUGCCGCCGUGUCGCCGUGUGUGUCGUCGGCCGAUCACACGAUCAACACGCUUCGGUACGCCGAUCGGGUCAAGGAGAAGCAGGUAUCGGAUGACAUUGCCGACGUGUCCCAAGUCAAGUUCAGACCACUAGACUCGUCAUCGAUUAGUCCUGGCACGAGUCCAGACAAACCGCCGACGGGGAACUCGUUGGCGGACCUGAUGUCACAGGCUGUGUGCCGCAAUAUUGCCGGCAUGGCCGCCAAGGACAGCGACGAGUCGCCAGAGGAGGGGCGGCCGACGAUGGACAAGGUCACCGACGAAGAUGACGACGAGUUGAAACAAGAUGAUGCGUGGCCCCGUCGAAAGGAUUCGAGUUCAAGUCAAGACGACAUCAAGCUCUUGCACAGCUCACUACGCCGCCAAUGCCGUACAAACUCCAUACAUGCAUACAUGCAUAACGCACAUGGUAGGGGACCGGGGCGAGGGAGACAAUUCAUUGGAGGAGCUGCAUGGAGUGGUGCAAACAUUGUACGAGGAGCAAGAAAACUUGUUGAGCAGUCACAUGAGUGCGAUCCAAGUACGUGGGUUUCCACGGUGUAGCUACCUAGCCCUGACAAUGAGUGCAGGAGAAUGCCCAACUGCUGACGGAAGAAGGGAUGCUGCUGUCGGACGUGCAGGGCGAUGCCGUCGUGGACUACGACAUUGACCUGUAUGCAUUGAAAUUGGACCACAUUCUCGAGCAAAAGGAGCACACGAUCAAGCGACUUCGCAAGCAACUGGCGCUGUUCCGCCGUCGCUGCCAAGACGAGGAGAGCGCGUCCAAGAAUGUCGACCACGUGUCGUUCUACUGACAAGCCGUCGACUAGUUGUUCCACCAGACAUGGCGCCCUUCCUUCAUACACGACAUCUAAUGCAGAUGUAUUCAUUCGA